CGGCUCGUGACACUGGCGUGACUCAAGGCGAGGCGUAAUUAGCGAUGAGAGCACACUCCAUUUGGACUUGAACCACUUUCCUCCUGCACCUAUUUAUCCUGUGCUGCUACCUCUUCAGCUCUCUCUCUCUCGGGUCGAAAGUGCACCCACAGAGGUGGACCUAAAAGACUGACCCCCGCGAGGACGUAAUCGAGCGCGCCCUAAGCUCACAUCCGCGCUUCAAGCCAGGGGACUCCUCUCACCUCUUUACCACAACCUACAGACGAUGGCGGCUUCGUUUGCUGCAUAUGCGUCGCAAUUUCUGAACAGGCAGCAGGGUACAUCCUCGAGUCUGUCCUCGUCUCAGCCCUUAUUCUUCUCCUUCACAUCUGACGGCGGGUCUCGUGCGGCGAAUCCACACGAUGCCGAUCUCGACGACCUAGAUGACCCGCACCUGCGCGCGAGCGAGGAGUUAAGCAGGCAUACAAUCCGCGAUAUGUAUGCCCAGGAGGACGAAGAUGACGACCCUUAUCUGCGGCUGGACGAGGAGGAAGCACGCACGUCGCGACGACCGCAGCGUUCCACACGGCUGUUGGACGCCUCCGAUCCAGGGGGUAGCAAAGGAUGGCUUGCGCAUGCAUCACCUCUGCGCUCUCCCUCGCCACCACUAUCGACGUCCUCUGUGGACUCCCAUCCGCCACCGGCGCGCAUUCUCAGCCCACCAUUAUCUCCACCACCACCGCAACAGCCGCGCUUUACGCAACCGCCGCCGCCUAGGACUGUGCCGUAUCUGUCUCUGACUGAGUCAUUGUUGCACAGAGACGGACGAACGGGAACAGCUGAUGUAUUCUCGCUGCCCGAUCCCCGGUACAUAUCCAGGGGUCGCCGGAAAUACAAUGACUCCAUAUGGAUCUCUGCCUGGUGUACUGGCCUUGGUAUAUGCUACUUCUGUUCUUUACUGGUCCUCAUUCUCGUUCGCCGGCCGUCGAAGAAAGACCAACAUGGAGCGAUCCUUCCCUAUAUCACUCUGCUGCAUACGGUGCCUCUGACGGUCAUUCUCAUCAUCCUCAGUGCUGCAGUAUCGUACGCCCAUAUCCUCCUGCUACGAAUAUUUGUCAAGCCCGUCAUGGUCGUGACGUCAGUUUUUAUCCCGGCGACGCUGUUCAUAUCAGCAGUAUGGGCAUUCAUUGGGAGUUUCAUGUGGGAUGGAGAUCUGGAACCAACGUGGGGAGAAACUGUCGGUCUCCGCCUAUUCGCUUUGGUACCACUAGCAUUCGCUCUGCUUACUGCCCGUCGACUUGUCAACCUUCCGCAAGAGAUUCACACCGCGUCUUCGCUGCUCACGUUGACCACGCGUCUGCUCAUGGCCAAUCCAUUCCUGCUCGCGCUAUCGCCAGCUGUCCUGUUGGCAGAGCUGCUGGUGUCCCUGCCUUUCGUCACUCUGGCUUUUCGCCUGCUACUUGUAGGAUACGCCAGCAGUCCGCUUGGUAAAAUGACGGGUUGGGAAUGGCAUGUGCAUGCCUGGGCGAAUUGGGCAAUUGCGGGCACCGUAUGCGUCUGGCUUUGGACGUGGGGUGUAGGGCGAGGUCUUCUGCGCGUGACUUGUGCUGGAGUAAUUGGAUCAUGGUACUUUGCCAACCCUGAACUUCCUCCGCCACCACCGACGUCUACCCACACCAUUCAUGCCGCCCUCUUCCGCGCGACACAGCCUUCAUUGGGUUCCAUCUGCCUGUCAGCACUUAUCCUCGCUGGUGUCCGGCUCUUGGCGCUGACAUGCAUGGGUUUGCGAGUUCUCCCGGCAUACCUUCCGCCAUAUCUACGUUUUGUCUCCGUCGGCGCCGCGAUGCUGGUCAGCUACCUGGAGAACGUGACGAGCACUCUGAGCACAUACGCACUUGUCUACACAGGCCUUACCGGCGACUCGUUCUUUCCCGGUGCGAGGCGCGCUUGUGCACUUGCUGGCGCAGUUGAGAGUUCUUCGGGAGCGAGGUAUAGGCAGAAGUUCAAGACAGAGCCGCCACUGACCAUGCUAACAGUCGCUCCGUUGACGCUGACCUUCCCGUUCGCGCUCACGACUUACCUUUUCGUGGCGCACACCCUGAACGUGCCUGACCAAGCCCUAGGUGCUGCCCUUAUCGCCGGCGGAGUGACAGCGCUCGUUGGACUGUUCUGCGUAGGGCUUGUGAAAGACACGGCGGAUACUUUGUACAUGUGCUACUGCAUAGAUAAGGAUGUUGGCGCAAGGCACCGUGACGAGGUGUUUGAAACAUUUGAGUACGACACCCCUCGUCGCCCCGCACAGCCACCACAGAGCCGCCCAAGCAAUGGUCGACAGGUUUCGAGGCAGCAAGAACAAAGUCACGCAGUGUCUGCUCCGCCUUCUGCACCGAAGAUGCCAGUCCCGCAGCCCCCGCCAUCGUACAACGUCAGUGAGCCGCGGAGGACCACGCGACUCGAGCCUGCAGCUCGCGAGGAUACCCCAGACCCAUUCAACGUCACUCCGACGGAUCCAUUCUCGCCUGAGAUCUCGCCUGACGUGCAUCAUAGUAGCUUAGAUCAAGGACACCUGGAGGCGAGCGAGUCCAUCCCGUCCAUCUCGCUGCACCAUCCGCCACCAGAUAGCGAAGAAGAAGUAGAAGAGUCGCAGUUAUUCCCCGGCUCUGACCUGUUCUGAGCUGGCUCGCUCUCCACUUUCCUGGCGUAGCUUCAUAUCCUGUCGCGUCUUUCUUGCUCUGAUCAUCUGCUGUCGGACUUGCCCUUGUUUGUUACGCUGAUUUUCCCAUUUGUCAUGUAGAGGCUGAGGGCUGCAGUGGUAUGCGUGCGUGCGACGUCAUUCCUUGCCACCGGGUCUACCAUACUCUCCGUAUUUUUGUAUCAUGUCGCUAAUAUGGUAUGCUGUCUCUGCCAGGAAGCUUGUUCCUGCGGCUGCUGCGUCUUAAAUCUGCAUCCUUAAGGAGUCUGAGCUACAUUCCGGAUACAUUGUGCGUACAUUGUCGCUCUACACCGGAAUCUAAGGCCGUUACCACGCUUGAGGUCUUAGAGACAGAGGAUAAGUUAUUUACAAGCAACUCAACAGACGUGCUGCCCAGGAGUGAUACAAGUAAAAGUGUCUCAAUUCAAUCUGGCUAGUGCGAUGAGGUAAACUGAGAUUGUGAUGGUCGGUGGUAAUGGUGCGUGAGAAUGAAAUUAUGUGGACCCGCAGACAAAGGGCAAAGCCCACACAGACUCAAGCCUAAAAACGCUACGCAUCCUGCGUAAACCUCUUCAGAUCGUCCCACUUUCCAAGGCCAAACGUCUCCGGGAGACGAUCCCAGACCUUUGCCCUGCCCGCUUUCGCCUCGUCCUUCAAGGUCUGCCCGCAUCUCUCGCACAGGUUGUCAAACGGCUGCUCCACGAUCGGGUCGACGUACCCGUCCGUCGUCAUGAUUGACGGAAGGAGCCUCAGUCGUUGCCAGUCGCAGUGAAGCACCGUCGUUGGCGCAAAAAGCUGCGGGAACACUGUCAUGCGCGCCGCCGAAGAGAGGGCCUCGCGGCCCAGGACGAGUGCGCGCUGCAGCUCCGGCGGUAGGAGUAUGCGAUGGCCGCGUCCCUCGACGCCCUCGAAGAUGAAGCUCCGGUCGACAUUAGGCAAGCGGAUGAGCUUCCACAGCGUAUACGGCAAAAACUGUGGCGCGGCGGUGCGUAGCACGCACGCGAGGGCGACGAGCUCGGGGACGGUGCUGAUCAGGCGGCGGGGCAACGUGUGGACCUUGGAGGACGUGUGCAGGGCAUCGUACGCGGCAAGCGUUGUCGGGAACAUCGCAAGGAGCAGCUUUAUGACGCGCUGCCGGACGUUGGUGAACUCAUACUUCGUGCUCAACUCGAGCAACCCGGCGAGAGCGAGGCCGUCAUUGAUGACAGACUCAGGCCAGCUGCAGCACGUGGAGCAGGCAGAGUGCCAGAGAUGAUAAGCUAACUUUUUCUAUGUCUAGGAUGCAUGGAGGGGCUUACUCCACGUCGUGAACCGCCUGGAGAAUGUCGCGCACGUCCUGUGCCCUAUUCCCUUCGGGCAUUUGGACAAGUGGGCAUCCAUUGUAUUUCUCGAUAUCCGCAGGCUGAGGAAUUUCGAAAAGACCCUUGAAGAAAGAUGAUUGUCUGGAGAGUAUCCCGGUGUACACGCGGAAGAGCGUGUCUUCCGCUUGUAUCACGACUGUCCCGUCGUCAUACCAGAGCUCCUCGCAGUGACUGAGCUUGGUCGCCAUGACUGCACUUAGAGGUAUAGGAUAUGGAGCGAACAAAGAGCACGAUGACCUGAUUGGAGAACGAUGUUCACCCUGGGCAAGGUAGUGGCUAAGAGCGAGGGCAGCCUUCCAUGGGCAAGCGCACUUCAGCCGAGAUAAAUGCUAUGUGGCGACGAAGCCACGACAGGCCAUCAGGAAAAUGUCCCG